AUGCACACUUUUUCUAAACCAUUGGAAUAUUCCUGGUUUAGACAAAAUAAGCUGGCUAGCACCAGUUUGUUUGCAGCUGUGAUCAUUGGAUUGUAUCAGGCCAAACAACAAAUUCAAAGGACUGCGACAGAAGCCAACAAAAAUAAGAAGCCAGCCAAUCUUUCUUCCUUCUUUCCCAUUAUUGAUUUUAAUCAGAAAGUCGGCGUCAAUAAAGAAUUCAGACGUCAACUUACCUCCAUUGCUGCCAUCUUAUUUCCUAGUUGGCAUACAAAGGAAGCAGGUUUACUGAUCCUCCAUUCCAUCUUUUUGAUCCUCAGAACUUAUCUUUCCGUUGUCGUCGCUCGAUUAGAUGGUCGCAUCGUGAGAGAUCUUGUCAAUGGUCAUGGAAAGAGUUUCUUGACUGGUCUUGCCUACUGGUUUGCCAUUGCUGUACCUGCAACCUACACAAACAGUAUGAUCCGUUAUUUACAAUCCAAGUUAUCUAUCGGAUUCCGAACUCGUUUGACCGAUUAUUUACAUAAAUUAUAUCUCGAUGACCAAAAGACUUUUUACAAGGCGAUUAAUCUCGACAGUCGUAUCCAAGGCGCUGACCAAUUUAUUACAACGGAUGUAGCUAAAUUUUGCGAGACAUUAGCGUCGCUCUAUUCGAACCUGGCUAAACCGAUUCUGGAUACGGUGAUUUUCAAUUACCAACUGACGAAAUCGAUUGGUUUAGUGGGUAUGGUAGGACUCACGAUCAAUUACUUUGUCACAGCCAAAUUAUUGCGUGCGGUGACUCCACCCUUUGGUAAAUUAGCUGCGUUGGAAGCCAAAUUGGAAGGUGAUUUCCGUGCAGCCCAUACCCGCUUGAUUACGAACGCUGAAGAAAUUGCUUUUUAUAACGGUGCGGAACUCGAGCAUUCGAUCUUGAAUAAGACUUACAUGAAACUUAUCAAGCACAUUAACUCAAUUUACAAGAUCCGUAUCACCUACAAUAUGUUUGAGGAUUUCUUGAUCAAGUACGCUUGGGGAGCCUUUGGUUUGAUUAUGUGUGCUAUUCCCGUAUUCACACCUCACUUGGUGGGUCAACAACAACAAGAAGCAACAACAAUGAGUGCUGCUGCUGUUGUGGAUGUAGAUGAGAAUGCAAAGAUUGGAUCCCGAACAAAGGGCUUUAUCACCAACAAACGAUUGAUGAUGUCUUUAGCUGAUGCCGGUGGACGUAUGAUGUAUUCAUAUAAGGAGUUGGCUGAAUUAGCAGGUUAUACAUCCCGUGUCUACAACCUUCUGUCUGUCCUUCACGCCCUUCAUGACAAUAAAUUCGACGGUCCCACCGAAAAGAAAGCUUAUACCCUGACCAACAUCCAUGGUCAAAUCAGUUUUGAUGGCGAGAAUGGUAUCACCUUUGAAAAUGUGCCCAUUGUUACCCCUGCUCCUGGUAAAGACCGUGUAGGUGAAGUACUUGUCAAGAAUCUCAAUGUUCAGGUCCGUAAGGGAGAACAUUUGUUGGUGACAGGUCCUAAUGGUGUUGGAAAAACUGCAGUUGCACGUGUCAUUGCCUCAUUAUGGCCCGUCUUUGAGGGUAAAUUGACUAGACCUACAGAUCGUGAUAUCUUUUAUAUUCCCCAACGUCCUUAUUUAAGUCUUGGUACAUUAAGAGAUCAGGUAAUCUAUCCUCACACAAAGGAAGACAUGAUCAAGGCAGGUCGCACAGAAGCCGAAUUGAUGAGCAUUUUAGAAAUUGUUCAUUUGGCCUAUAUUCCUGAUAGAGAAGGAGGAUGGGAAACCGAAAAGGAAUGGAAGGAUGUGUUUUCUGGAGGAGAGAAGCAAAGGAUUGGAAUGGCACGUUUGUUCUAUCAUCAUCCCAAGUUUGCUGUCCUGGAUGAAUGUACCAGUGCUGUUUCUACGGAUGUGGAAGGAUUAAUGUACUCGCAUGCGAAAGAUAUGGGCAUCACACUCUUGACUAUUUCUCAUCGUCCUGCGUUAUUCAAAUACCAUCGAUUCUUAUUACGCCUGACGGGUAACCAUGGUGAAUGGGAAUGGGAAACUAUUGGUACGAAAGAACAAUUACAAUCGGUAGAGAAGGAACUUUUAUCUUUGAAGGCAAAGUUACAAGAAGUGGAUGCCUUGAAAAAGAGAUUGGCUGCCAUUGAUGGAGAGCUUACCUUGAAAAUCUAA